AUGGCUGCCAGUAAGGUGCCUCGUCUGGUGAUCUACGCCAAGGAUCUCACCUUCAGCGAGGAUGACAAGCUCGGUGAGUGUCACUGAGACGAUGUGUGGUGGCAGGGGGCUGUCACGGGCAUCCUUGUUGUGUCUGGGGCACACAGGAAGGGGGGGAUUUGGAGUUGUGUACCGGGGCGUCUUCAGGGGGCGGCCCGUGGCCGUCAAGAUCGCCCACCCGAGCGAAGAGCUCGACAUGCACGUACGUGCGAACACACAGCCUGAGGGGGAGGAGGAUUCCCUCACUGGUGGGGUGACCUCCGUGUGUGUGUGUGUGCCUUCUGUGUCUGUGCAGGAACAGUUCAUUGAGGUUUUGCGAGAGGUGGAGCCCAUGCAGCAUCUGCGUCAUCCCAACAUCGUAGAGUUCCUGGGCGUCUGUGCGGCGGACAAAAAGCACGGACUCAUGAUCGUCACCGGUGAGGGCUGCCGCUCCUUCGCUGCGUUCAUCUGACUUCCUCUGUGUGUCUGCUCGCCAUUCUCAUCAGAGUUGUGUGAGGGCGGCUCUCUGGCGGCCUAUCUGGCCACGAACAGACCACUGAAGCCCGAAGUGCGAGACAGACUCAUAAGAGAGGUACGGAUACGGAAGAGCAGACAGACAGCCGGCGUCAGGCGUCUCAUCUCUGUGUGUGUGUGUCGAUUGCCGUCAGAUAUGUGAAGGAGUGCAGUAUCUUCACGACCACGGGAUCGCUCACCUGGACCUUAAUCCGGCGAACAUUCUGGUGAGGGAAGCCAUCUCUCAGUCGACGGCUGCAGGCGGCUGUCAUGUCACACCUGUUUGUCAGUUGACUGAGGGGCUUGUGGCGAAGAUAUCUGACUUCGGCAUGACGCGCAACACUCAGAGGACAACGAGCUCCUUUGCAGGUGGCCAGAGACACCCUGACAGAGACCAAAGUGAAUGCACUCAAUCGCACUGAUGCCCGGUGCUGCAGGCGGGGGGACCUACAACUUCAUGUCUCCCGAAGGAUUGGAUCCUGAGAAGCGUAAGUGCGUGAGAAGUUUCGUGUGGACGGCGGCCUUUGUAUGACUGCUUGUGUGUGCAGUGGGGAAGCCUUCGAUUCAGUCGGAUAGUGGGGAAGCCUUCGAUUCAGUGGCGAGCUACACGGAGGUCAGCACAGUCGUCUGCCCACGAGUCAGACGCAAUAUUAUUGAGGCAUCAGCUGAGAUUUGCGGCGCUCAGGCGGGCCGCCCUUCGAAGGCCAAAGCCCCGCCGCCAUCAUCACAGCAGUUGUGGUCCGGAAGCAGGUGACACUCCACUUCUCUUGUUGUCCGCUCCCUGUCCUGCUUUCAUUCGGUGUCUCCCUUCAUGUCAGAUUCCGGCCAUCCCGGCAUCCCUGCCGGCGAACGUCAAGAAUGCCAUCAAGGCAAGAAAGACAUCAUGCGUAUCGAUUACAUACUCUCUUCUCUGUCCCCUCUCUGCGUUUAUCAGAGUUCUUUUGCCUACAAAGCGGCUAACCGCCCGACAGCCAAACAAGUCACACACACACACACUCGGGCAGAGAUUGCUCAUCUCUUUGCUGCGCCUUGCUGCUCAUCCCAUGGCAGGUCCUCGACAAGUUGGGCAUCUCUCCUUCGUCUGGGAGUCAAAGCGGGACAGCAGCUGACUCGCAGGCACCGCCGCGGUUCCGCUGGGGAUUCUUCCGCGGGGCGGGCGAGAGAGUUAAAGGUGAUCACUGACUGACAUGAGGCUGCUCUCUGCUCUGUUUGCACAUCUUGCGGUCAAAUGCAGGCAGUGCGUCAUCUCCUGGUGUGUCUGCUGUCGGCCAUUCGUCGGGUGUCCACAUGAGCACGGCCAGCACCACAACGGGGACGACGAGCAGUGUGGUCAAAAAGACCUCUCAGCCGCUGUCACAGCACAUAGGUCCGCGACACACACACACACACACAGCGAGAGACACAGCGCCACAUGAUCUGUCUGUGUCGUGCAGCGUCCCCCGCCCAGCAGCCAUCAGCAAAGACGCCGCCGAGCGCCCCACAGCCGCAGAUCAAACACGUCAGGAAGACAGAGACUGAAUCCCACACGUCAAUGGGCCGCUGCUCUUGUGCUGAUUGUGUGUCAGAGUGACAUCUGGAAGGCUGUCGACGCCGGCGAUCUUCCGGCGGUUCGUUCGCUCAUCGCUCGAGACGGCAAGAACAUACUCGACAAACGAGACGAGAGCAAUUCCGACAAGGUAUGCGAUCGUGAAGACGACAGAAAUGCACUCAGCAGUCUUUGAUGCGUUCUCAUUUAUGCGCGUAGAAAACACCCUUCCUGUUGACUGCAAAAAGGGGUCACGUGGGCAUCAUGAAAGUCAUGUAUGAGAGCAAACCUGACGUACUGCAGCAAACAGACGAGGUACCGACACAGACAAACCAUCCUCUGUGUUGCUGCUGA